AAAACACAUCAUAUGAUAGCAGUCGGGCCUAAAUUCUUGUAGCCCAUUAACUUCUUUGUGUGCCGAGACACAUCUCUUACCGAAGCAGGUCGAGGAGAAAGAAGGUGAAGCUUGUUGAAGUUUUCCGCAGCCAUUGCGUGUUCAUGCUUCCACAUAUUCAGUGGCGACAACAUGCUCGAUCAAAUGCUUCUACGAAAUUGAUGAACUUUCAAGUAUCCAAAGUUAGUAAGUGGAGAUUACGUAAAAAAAAAGUCUAUUAAUUGGUGUUUGAGUUGAUUUCUAAUCGAGGAGCCGGAAUGAAGCUGAGAGUGGCGUGCCGGAAAAUCUACGAUUAUGUUCGCUAUGAUCUGAAAGAGAUUGCAUUCCCUUCUUCUUUGCCUGAUCCUCCACACAUCAAAAAGCGUCAGGAACUCACAUGGAAAGAACGGUACCUUGUGUUGAAGGAAGCAUCUAGACUCUAUGCUGCUAGCUGGGUGAGGGAUAUUGGUCCAGAGCUUAGGCCGAACGAUUACAAGAGUAAAGCAGAGAGUGAAGAUAAACCUAAUGGGGAAAAAGGGGCGCCGGCAGAGAGGGAGCCAUCCACACUCGAGGAUCUUGCUGUGGCUGCCAAGGGAGGUAUGGAGACGUUAAGGCCUGCUCUGCAGCGGGUUUACAUGACCAGAGCCUCUGCUUAUAGAGAUGCUCUCAGGAGUUUCAUAGAAGGUUAUCAAGAAGGCAUACAAAAGGUAAUGGAGAAGAAGAAAGAAGAUUCCAAAACUCAGCAAGGACCGAACGAUCAUAAAACGUAAAACUUUUAUUUUUCCAAAGAAAGCAGUAUGGUGAGUCCUUUCACCUCAUCUUUGUUUUUUGUAAAAAUGAUUGGAUCUACUAUUGAAUGACUUUAAUUUUGAAGGACCAAUAUCUUAUUUACCUUUCAUAAUUAUAACUCAGCAGACACCGUUACAUGUUUGUUCUGCCUAAGUGGUUGAGACAAUUGCGAAGUUGGGUGUUCUUGAGUAUUCAUAUUUUUCUCAAAACUCAGGGCUUCGGGUCCUUUUAUCUUGUCCCAUCAAAUUAGUCUCUUUCCAGCUUCUGAUUUAAUCCUUUCAAUGAACAUACAUGUUCACUAUCAAGAACAAAAUCUACUGUUUAUUUUCCAAUUUGAGAUGGUCUCUUUGAUUGGCGUCUCCAUUAUGUGAGUGGGGUUCUGAAUUCUAAUUUCUCGUUGGCUAACUAUACAAAUAUAAUAAUGGAAAUGUCUCCCGGUCUUUCCAUUUAUAAACUUUUGAUGUUACCUAAUUUUAGUUUCUUUAAGGCACAGUUGAAAUACUAGUUUAGGAAAAUCACAUGGAAGCACUUGAAUAGCUCUUCAGUGGUGUGAGGUUUAAUGCACCAAAGCUAGUGAAGUCAUAAAAAUAUGUGUGUGUUUUGUGGGGGGGCCUCCACUUGGAAAGCACCAAACAUCAGUAUACAAAACAUGUCAUUCUGGCUUACUAUUCAUUAGGCACUGCUUUUUUUCCUUAGUAUUUAUGGUUUUUUUUCCCAUUGUCAGAUUUGAGUCACUCAACUUGUUUGUACCACUUAACUAUACCUAAUCAACUCUUAGUAAUGGGUGUGUAAGAAAAUGAAAGUUUGCUUAGUUGCAAAACAUGGUCCUGUAACUAACCACAAGUGGCUGGCGAUUUUGGGGAAAGUAGCUAUCUGGUCCCUGGAGUUUUUACACACUUGUCGUUUGGUCCCGUAGUUUGAAUUCCAUGCAAUGCUGAUCCAUACAUGUGCUUUCAACAUCUUACUUUUCCUAAAAUGCCCUUAAGUGUGGAAAUACUCGAAACAACUCAUAUGGAAGUUGAAAGAUUGAACCUGAUGUUUCGAGAAAGGGCAAACAUCAGGACGUUGAAUGACUGAAACUGCCAGGAUCCAAAAGCUGCUACGAGACUAGAAUUGCGAUUCAGCUUAUAAAAGUAGCUUGAACCGUGCGAGUUUUUUUACUGAUUAUUGUUUUGAUUUAUCGAGAUAUAGCAUUUAGCUUUCAUUCUGAUUUUUCUUAUGAUGAACAUAGCUACUGCGAAAUGUUGUUGCAUGCUAUGUGCUUACAUUCACCGGUCGAUUGCAAUUUGUCAUUUGAUUAUUUCCUUGAAAUUAUUGUAAGGUUUUAUUUGGAUUAUAUCCUUGUAACAUAUUUUCCAAUUUAGUGACUCACAUGGUUCAAAU